AGUUAAUCUACACUAGAUGGAUUAGUAAAUAUUGUUAAUAUUAUAUUAUAAUAAUUAAAGAUUACAAUUUAAUUUAGGAGCUAAUUAGAUCUCGUUCGCAUUUGAAAAAAGUUAGGAUUAAAUUGAACUUUUGAUGGCCUGCAAUAAUAAAGAACCUUUGUCACUUGCUAGGGAUGUGCAGAGGGCUGUGGAAAUAUUGGAUAUACUUCAGAAAUCUGGUGAUUUUGACAAUUUCAAACUUGCAUCCCUUCAAAAAAUCCUACAAAGUGAGUUCUGUGUAGCUGUUCGAGAAGUUUACGAGCAUGUGUACGAAACUGUGGACCUCAGUGGAAGCACCGAUGUCAGGGCCAAUGCCACGGCUAAGGCGACAGUGGCAGCGUUUGCAGCCAGCGAGGGCCACGCCCAUCCUCGAAUCGUCGAACUCCCGAAAACGGAAGAGGGAUUGGGAUUCAACGUGAUGGGAGGCAGGGAGCAGAACUCGCCGAUCUACAUAUCGAGGAUCAUUCCAGGAGGUGUGGCCGACAGGCAUGGAAGCCUGAAGAGAGGCGAUCAACUGCUCAGUGUCAAUGGAGUUAGCGUUGAAGGUGAGCCUCACGAGAAAGCUGUUGAACUUCUGAAAGCCGCUCAAGGUUCGGUGAAGCUGGUUGUUAGGUACACUCCAAAAGUCCUUGAAGAGAUGGAGGCGAGAUUUGAUAGGCAGAGGAUGGCCAGGAGAAGACAGCAGAGUCAAUGAUUGGUUGAUUAGCUGAUUGAAAAUUGUUGGUAUUAGUACGAAACAAAAGCUCAACUGAACAAAACAACUUGUAGAUUUAGAAAAAAUUAUUCCGACGCAUGCGUAAUGGGAUGAUAAUUAGUUAAUUAAUUAGUUCUUAAUUAAUUAAUUAAUUAAUUAAUUACUGACCGAUUUCAGGCAAAUGUAUAAUUCAAUAAUUUAUUUUAAUUUUUUUAAUAAUUUUAGUACACAUGCAUCUGCAUGCCAGUCACAAUUCAAUUUCUCAAGUAAUCAUCAUUUUAUUGAGUGGGUUUAUUUCAAUAGUUCUAGAUUUUACGUUUUUGUUUGUUAAUAUUUUGUUGAAAACUUUAGUUAGUCGGUUCAUUUAAUAUUUUUCUAACUUUUUCAUUCAUGAUAUGUUAUGGUUGAGUGAAUGAUCAGUUAAGUAGAUGAAUGAAUGAAUGAAUGAAUGAAUGAGUGAGUGAAAUGAAAGAAUGAUUGAAUGAAUAUUUAAUUGAAAUAAUAGUUUUAAAAAUGAAUAUCAAGGCGAAUGAACGAACGAACGAAUAAUUGAUUGUAUGAACGACAUCCAGAUUAUAUCAUCUUUUUUUUCAUUCCAAUGCUCAUUGUCAAAUUUGUUGCUAAUUUUUUUUAAAUUUACUUAAAAUAAACUAAAUUAGAAUUCCGUCGGUAUAUGUACGUUCUAAGUAAGCUGCACAGCACAGCGGUUUAAAAUAACUUCUCAAGAGAUUGAGAAUUGUACAUAUUUGAUUUCAGUUAUUUUCGAUAAAAACUUCCUAGCCAUGAUUUUGUUUUUGAAGAUCUUGUCAACAUGCUCACAAGUUUUUACCUGGUUCUAUCGUAUUGAGACAUUUUAAAAUUGAAAAUAUGUGUAUAAGUAAAUGGAAAAAUCAAUUCACCAUUGGAGAUAAUUGUUUGAGUUAGUCAUUUGUUGUUGUCAUUUAUAGAAUAGUAGUUAUUGCAUGUAUUUAUUAUUGUUCUUCAUCUUGUAAUGUCAUGAAUAAAUUUAUUUUUAUUUG